AUGUUGAUUUCCAGCUUUCACCAUCCUCAGGAGCCUCAUAGGCAGGUCAAGAAGCGUCGUAUCUUCCAUGGCAUAUUUCCACCAGCCGCCUCUGCCUCGCUACCCACCCCAAUAGCGACCCCAGCGGGAUCCUUCAAUGAGAAUACUCCCAUAGCGCCGGCUGUUCAAGCCUCGCCGUUCGCCCAGGGCCCGGCCUUCUCGAGUCCAGGGGGUGAAGCAUUCGUUACUCACAGUCGUGCAUGGCAUCUCGCAACGACUUUCCUAUCGUUUCCAGAUUCGCCAUUUGACGUGUCUGAGGAAGAGGGUACUGCUCUGGGAGUCCAGAAGGAUGGUGUUUAUUUGCGAAGGAAAGCAGACUUAUUCGGACAAGAUACACGGGAGGCAAUUACAUAUCUUAUGACAUCCGGGGUCACCGCUGAACCUGGUGAGAACCUGGUCGAGUGGUAUACUUGCGAAGUGCGACGGCAUUUUCUCGAACAUGUCAGACCUAUCUUAGAGGAAGUUGAGAGAGAACCAGUAACCAAAACGCGGCCGGAAUAUCAACUCAAUGACAUUAUUUCGCAGCUUCGAGUCACUUGCAGAAUCUACUAUUCAGUUUAUUCUGCCUACAUAUUACCCUACCUUGCGAAAAUAGACCCGAUUGCUUCUGUUGAGCCCUUCCACCGAUCUCUUGCCUCGAUUAUAGCUUACUCCCUCCCGUCAAAAUUCCCAUCUCUCCUACGAAAGACAUUUUAUGCUUAUUUUACCGUCAUACUGUCCCUUCCGAGUUCUGGAACGGCUGUAACGGAUGUUGGUCUCUUUACGUCACCGCACAUUCCUGGAGCCGACGAAACAGUCCAUAGCACUGAUGUAGAUCUUGAGCUAGAAGAAGAUGAGAAAGCGGCUGUUAAUCAAGAAGAGGCUAACAGACGGUGCGAAGAGGCUAGGCAUGCUGUUUUCAAGCUUGUUGAAAGUUUGAACGCUAUUGGGCUAAUGGCAAAUGGUGUUGGCGAACGUGAAUUUGCUUUGGUUAUCGACCGGGUUGCAGGAGAAUGGGUUACGUAUAGGUUUAGUGGGAGAUACACAGAUUCCGACCUUGAAACCGAAGACGCAGAGGGCGAUACAAGCAUGGCGAAGCUUCCCACUUCGGUUGCUUCCGCGGAAAUUAUGAGAGAGUGGCUGUUUGAUUCACUGAUGCCAUUGGUCGUUCCGAUUAUGAAAAUCAUACGGCCGGGAGAUGUAGACGAGGAGUUGCCCCCUGUUUUAAAUCGUCUCGCACAAAGGCUAUCUAGGGUUCGAAUGAAGGAGAUGUUCGAUAUAAUUGUUGACUUCCCCCAAUCCAUGCCUGGUAUCAUGGAUUUGAUACCGACACUCAACACCCCGAUUGCUCGUUUGGUUCUCACGAGUACAUUUGCGUACACACUUAAUCGGCGGCUGCUGCAUCAGGGUGCUAGUACCGUUGAUGUCCUUCGUGCUUACAUCAACAUGAUAAAGUGUUUCCAAAUCAUUGAUGCGAAGGGCGUUUUACUCGAUAAAGUUGGUGCGAGAGUUCGUCGAUAUCUAAGCACACGUGAAGAUACGGUUGUGGAGAUUGUCAAGGGAAUACUAUGCUAUGAGUAUGACGAAGAAGAUGAGAACAGCGACUCUAUGAUAAAAUCGGCGGACCAAUCCAUAUCGAUUGAGGGUGCUGAAGCCUUCAAGGAGAGCUUGAGACGCCGGAAAGCUAUCCCAGGCGAUGCAGAGGAUCUCGACGACGAGGAUGUCCUUCAGGAAAUCAGCACUGAAUUGCAAGCUUGUGCACAAAUGGGAGCAGACAAGAAAAAUGAGGUUCUCGGAGCUGCUGCCGCCGCGAGUUUGGAGGAUCUAGAUUAUGAUGAUAUGGAUUGGCAGCCCGAUCCAGCAGAUGCGGGGCCGGAAUUCAGGAGGGACAAGGGGACUGAUAUUAUCUCCCACCUUUUCACCAUGCUGGAAAGCACAAAAUUCAUUAACGAGUUUCAGAAUCAACUCGGGAAGAGGCUACUUCUUCAGCCUACAUCGGAGUUUCUGAGAGAAAAGGCCACAAUUGAACUUCUAAAAGUCAGGUUCGGCGAGAACGAGAUGCAAAACGCAGCUAUAAUGCUAAAGGACCUUAGCGAGUCCCGGAAAAUUGAUACACACUUGCGAGACACGAUCCUCACUAAGCACCUUUCUCGGAAUACUGCCAUGGCUGGAGGGCCCCAGAGAAUGGAAACAGAGGUACACGUGAAAGUCAUAAGUCGCUUGUUCUGGCCGCAACAUAUGAUAUCUGAAGGAGAUUUCAAUCCGCCGAACAGAAUAGCAAACACGCUCGAUCUUUUCAAUCACGAAUUUGAACUUUUGAAGAAGUCUCGGAAGCUGAACUGGUUGAAGGAAGAAGGCUUUGCCGUGAUUGAACUCGAGCUAAAUGACAGAACACUCGGUUUCAAACAAGUUCCAACAUACGCUGCAACUGUCAUCGACACGUUUGCCAAAGGGCCAUCCCCUCCGAACCCUGAUAUUCCGCGAGAGCUUAAUGGUGGAGAGGUUGGGAAUGCCUGGUCGAUAGAUCAACUGAAAGAGAAACUUUCUAUGGAAAUUGAACUCCUGCAAAAGUCCCUAGAGUAUUGGGUAGACCGUACCGUUCUUGCAGAAUACCCUCUAAACAGGAAAAUAUACUAUGUGAUGGAAACAUUGCCUCGCAGCGAUAUUCCUGCUUCGAGACGAACCACACCUCACACAUCGCCACAGAAGAGGGAUGAUUCGCACAUAACACCGCGUAGACGGCGGGCACUAAGCUUUAUUUCCGAAGACUCAAAUGACUCUGGGAACGAAGAAGGAGGCACAAGGAAGGAAGAACCUACACCAGCUAAAGCAGAUGCAGAAGACGACGACCCUCUCAAGAAUCCUCGUUUCACCAUGGCUUGGAACUACAUCGCUGGCAUGUUAACAAAUCAAGGCCCACUGACAACCGACAGGGUAUUUGCGACACUUAGUUUGUUCCUAAUCCCCAUGGGCGGGCUUAAGUUUGAUGCCGCAGAGCUGGAUCAUUUCAUGAUGAAAAUGGAAGAGAACGGCAGGGUUGAUAAAACUCCCAGUGGUUGGAAGAUGCGCAAAUGA